CGGCAGAUGAAACAAGCAGUAGAUUACCAGUAAUUAUAAUCCUCUGCACAAUCGUAGGAAUCACCAUCUUCACUGCUUGUAUGGCUAUGCCCAUUUGCAACUCAGAGAGGUUUGUCUUUCAGAGAAGACAAAAUGCUGCUAUCGCAGACACAGCCCUAACGCAGCAGCCAAGAGGGGAUGUGGUCACUACAGGUCUUGACCAGUCUACAAUAGAGUCAUACAAGAAAGUGGAGUUAGGAGAAAGUAGAAGGCUUCCGGGUACUAAUGGUAUCAUCUGUCCCAUUUGUUUAUCAGAAUAUGCUAGCAAAGAGACUGUACGGUGCAUGCCAGAAUAAUCAUAUGAUAAUACAUGUGGACGAUUCGGAAUUCCCAUUCGUUUUCCUUUCUGCGACCACAAAGAUUUCAAUCUCCGCUGCAACGACCUCAACAAGACAGUCCUAGACCUUCCUUUGUCCGGAACAUUUCUUGUCACGAAAAUAGACUACAUAAAGCAGCAGAUUUCUAUCAACGACCCUGAAGACUGCUUUGUGAAGAGGCUUUUAACCUUCAAUACUUCAGGAUCUCCUUUCUCUCCUCGUUUCAGUCUCCAAUACACGUUCUUGACUUGUCCGAAUGAGGUCUUGAAGCCGUCUUGGUAUCCGCCCAUCCGUUGCCUAAGCAAUUCUACCUCCUCUUUUUUCGCCACGUCUAAUUUGACUCUCGCAAAUUCGAUGCUACCUUCUUGCCAGAUCGUGAAGAGAGUAGCUGUGCCGGUUAAUCUGCUGUUUGAAAAUGAUAAAUUUGCUACUCUCAUCAACAUUGUCGACGUCGUGCUGGAAUGGAGCUCACCGAAUUGCAGAGGCUGUGAAAUGGAUUCCUUGAGAUGUGGUUUCAAAAACAAGGCUUCCCUCGAAGUCAAAUGCUUCGCUGAUAAAUCCGGUCAUAUAAGCUCUAGAUUACGACUACUAAUUAUAACCCUCUGCAUAAUCGGAGGAAUCACCGCAACUUUUAUUGCUAUACGCGUUUACAAUUCCGAGAGGUUUGUCAAUCAGAGAAGACAAAAUGCAGCAAUCGCAGCCAGAACCAUAACGCAACAACCACGAGGGGUUGUGGUCACUACAGGUCUUGACCAGUCUACAAUAGAAUCAUACAAGAAAGUGGAGUUGGGAGAAAGUAGAAGGCUUCCGGGUACUAAUGGUAUCAUCUGUCCCAUUUGUUUAUCGGAAUAUGCUAGUAAAGAGACUGUACGGUGCAUAUCAGGAUGUGAUCACUGUUUCCACGUCGAAUGUAUCGAUGAGUGGCUCAAGAUUCAUGGUUCAUGUCCUGUUUGUCGGAACUCACGCUCGUAAUGGAAGUAAUUGUUGUUUGAAUAUGAAGUAUUCCGAGAUUUUAAUGAAUCUCACUAAUUCUU